CGGAAAGAAGGAUUAUUGCAAGUCCCCAUAUCUUGCUGAAAGAAGUAACUAAAAGAUACAGGGUUGUGACCACAGCUAAGAAAAGGGGGCAACACACAGACUUCACCAACCCUGUCUCCCUCAGAAGUCAAGACUAAAUCAAAUAGAGAAGGCACAAGGAAACGACACAAUGAAGGUUAAAGAAAUAAGUCAAAUGGCUAACAUUGCAUGGUCGCCAGCUGGUGAGCGGCCAAGCUACCUGGCCUGUGGCACCACGGCCAAGCAGCUGGAUGCAAGCUUCAACACCAACUCUUCCCUCAUUCUUUACAAUCUUAACACUGGUCAAUCUAACUUAGAGAUGAAACUGACUGCCUCUAUUGAGUCUCCAGCCAGAUUUCAUGCCUUGCAGUGGAGUGGGUUGGGCUCUGAGACAUCUGGUCUCAUCUAUGCUGGUUGUGAAAACAAGGCAAUAUACAUAUAUGAUGCUGCUAAGCUUCUGGCCAAAGCUACUGACAGUCUUGUGGGUACAACACAAGGCUUACACACUGGACCAGUUUUUACUAUUAGUUGCAAUUACUUGAAGGCAAACUUUUUGGCCUGCGGCUCUUCAGACUCUGAAGUGACUGUCUGGGAUGUCACUAAUCUCAGUGCUCCAAUUAUCCCUGGCAAGAAGCUCUCCUUGGGUGCUGAUGUCACCUGUGUUGAAUUCAAUAGACAAGUGGAGCACAUUUUUGCAUCCACUUGUGCAGGCCACUGUGUGGUGUGGGACUUGAGGAAACAGUCUUCUAUCAUGACCAUCUCAGACACUGUGUCAAGGAUGAAAACAAGCAACGUUAUCUGGAACCCUCAUGUGGCCACUCAGCUGUUGUUGUCAAGUGACAAUGACCUCACCCCAUGGGCUCAGAUGUGGGACCUGCGUUAUGCCACUUCCCCUAUCAAAACCUUGGAGGGUCAUCAGCGAGGUGUGCUCAAGACUGCCUGGUGUGUUCAUGAUCCCAACCUUCUCAUCACUACAGCCAAAGACAGCAAAAUAUAUGUUUGGAAUCCCAAUGAGGCUAAUCGUGGUUCAGAGAUUGUUGGAGAGUUUCCAUCGUACAACCAGUGGGGUUUUGACUUAGACUGGUGUAAACAUGACCCUUCACUGGUAGCUGUGUCAUCAGUGGAUGGUUGUGUCAGCGUGUAUUCUUUGCUCGGAGGAGGACUGCCUCCUGCACAGUCUGACAAGUUCUCGCAGAUUGCUGAUUCUUUUCCUGGGAUGGACAUUCCUGCAGUAGUGCCUCAGGGAGCUACCCCUCAGCCAAUCAGACUAAAGAAUCCUCCAAAGUGGUUUGCCCGCUCUGCAGGAGCCAGUUUUGCUUUUGGUGGCCGAUUGGUGUCGUGGAACAACCAGACCCGCAGUGUGGAGAUUGCACAAGUGGUGACUGAGCCAGAGUUGGUGGAGAGAAGUUCAGUAUUGGAGGCAGCACUCUCUCAGCCCCAAUUUGGGCCUUAUUGCCAGUCCAAGGCUGAAGCAGCCACCCAACCUAGUGAUCAAAUGCUGUGGCAAUACAUCGCAGCCAACUUUGCUGAAUCCCCUCGCGCUAAGAUCAGAGAGCUCCUGGGAUAUUCUACAACACAAGUGUCCAGUCGGCUAUGUCCUGCUGCUCCUGAGACUGAAGGCAUCACUGCUGAAGUGCUUGCUGAGAAAAUGGCUAAUCUGGGUACUGCCAAUGAUGGCAGCACAGGCUCCCUAGACCCCAGUGAGCAGUUUGAGAUGAUUGCCUCAGGACAGUCAUUUGACAAAACUCCUGAGACAGAGACUGCAGAGCUGGAGGGUGAGGGGGAAGCCACCUCAGUACCAGUGAGUUUGGAAGUGGAAGUGAAGGAGGGCAACAACCAAGGCCUUAUAACUCAGGCCCUGCUUGUUGGUGACUUGGAGAGUGCUGUGGACCUUUGCCUUAAGGAUGGCAUGUAUCCACAUGCCCUUACCCUUGCUGCUCAUGCUGGCCCUCACCUCUUUGAAAAGACAAGGGACUCAGUACUGAAGCGGGUGGAUGGGAGCCUUGCAUCUUUGGUGGGAGCUGUAGUAAGAGGUGACCUCACUACUAUUGCCACCACUACCAAGCUCUCCAACUGGAAAGAAGCUCUGGUAGCCAUCCUCACUUACUGCAGCAAUGAACAGUUUUCACAGCUUGCAGAGGCCCUUGGAGAGCGUUUGGAAGCCAAGGGUGACUCCGAGGCCUUGCUGAGUGCCAUGAUCUGCUAUGUGUGUGCUGGCAGCUUGGAGAAAUGUGUGUCUUGUUGGAUCAAAACAAGGCCAAGCACCAACAAGCCCCAGGACCUGCAGGAUCUGGUGGAGAUCAUCAUGGGUCUACAGCGUUCACUGUCCUGUGCAGGCCAUUCGGUGAAUCUGAGUGAGGGCAGCACAGUUAGCUCUCUGCUCUGCCAGUAUGCUUCCCUCCUUGCUGCACAGGGAGUGCUAAGGACAGCAGUCUCCUAUCUCAACUCAGCCACUCACGGUGAAAUGGCUGCCUUGAGAGACCGCCUCUACAGAGCUCUGGGUUAUCCCACAGGGAGCAGCACAGCCACCCCUGCCACAUCCCAUCAAACAAACCAGAGGCGCACCUCCACCCCACAUGCCUAUGGCCAACCACAGAGUGUAUCCAUGGGAUACAGCAGUGACUAUCCUUGGAGUGUUAAGCGACUGUGGCUUCAUCCCAAGGUGGAGGUGUCACAGUUCUGCCUGCCAAGUCAGUUCACACCAUCAGUGCAAGACCAGCAGCGGUCAGUGUUUGGUGCACCACCCCCUCAGCCCCCGAGUGCAUCCAUGCAGAAUCCUACCUUUUACAACCCCAUGAACCCAUCAGGUCCAGUUCCGCAGCAGAUUACUCCUAUGGAGCCCCAGUAUGGAGCUCCACCUUCAGUUGCUGUUGCUCCACCCCAAGGCCCAUCACCUGCAGGAGGGCUGCGGCGUGGACGACCUGGCCGCUAUGUUCCAGACUCCUCAGUCACUUCAUCAGUCCCAUCAGGCAUGCUUAAUCCUAUCCAACCCAUGCCUUACUUCAGCCCACCCCCUGGUGUUACCCCAACUUCCCUUGGAACUUCACCAUCAGCUGCACCUCAGUUCUUCAGCCCUAUGUCAUCUCCUACAGACAGCACCUUGUAUGGAGAUCCUCAGCAGCAGCAGCAACAUCCUCAAGCUCAGUUACCAGCCAAGACCCCAGCUGCCUUGGAUUCAUCUGUACCUCGAGGCUGGAAUGACCCUCCACCACCUUCAGCCUCCCGCAAGUGUGUGGAAGACCAGCAGUGGGAUGGAGAUUCCCGAUGCCAUGUUGGACACUCUGGGGACAAGAAGUUGAUGAUGCUGAAGCAGGCAAAGCAGCAGCAGCAGCAGCAACAGAGUGAAGCUGCCAAGCCAGUUGAACCCAUCAUGUGUCCAGUGCCUGGAGGAAUGAUGCCUGAACCUCCACAACAGUUUAUGGGUUUCCAGCACCCUCAGUAUGGAGCAGAGGCCAUCAGGUCCCCACCUGCUGGGCCAACGGCAGCAGUUGGUGAGGCUGCUGUCCCAGCUUCUGAGCCUCCAGUCAAAGGGCCACUGCCAGCAGAGCAUCAAGUCAUUCAGGAUGUUCUCAAUGAAGUGCGGAACCGUUGCUUGUUGGUUGUGCAGAAUCAGCAAAUGAAGCAGCGGCUGGAGGAGAUUGGAGUCAAGAUGGAGCUGUUGUAUGAUAGGCUUCGGAUGAACCAGCUAAGUCCAGCCUCAGUGUCUGGAGUGCACAGGAUUGUCAGCCAUGUGCAGUCAGGUGAUUAUCGAGGUGCCCUGACUGUACAUGCUGAGACGAUAGCCAAGGGAAGUUUCUCUGAACUAUCUUGCUUCAUGCCGCCCCUCAAGCUACUGCUGCAGUACUGCAUGCAGCUGCAGGUGUUCCUCCAGUGAGCCACAUCAUAGGAUUUGCGCAUUGAUUGUUAUGUUAUGCAGAAUUACUUCUAGGUUUAUAUUGUUUAGCUAUUAGUAUAUAUGAAUCCUUCAUGCAAUCUUUAGAAUAUUUUUUAUCACAUUGUUUACGUAAGGAUUUUUUUUUCCUGAGAAUCAAAUUCUAUGGCCGGGUAUAACUUCUUCCUGAAAAAUGUUUUUGAAAAUAAGAUGGAGUAAAAUACAAAGGAAGGCUUUAAAACUGUUCUCAUGAUUCUGAUCUGUCUCCACUUAGUUGUGGGAAACAUUAGCAUUUGAUGGGAGGAAGUACAUAUAGAAGCCAGCACCUCAGUGAAACUGUACAGAGGUUUGUGGGUAACUAAAAUCUUGUCUUGUGCAUUACCUGGAUUUUGUGUCUGAUUUCUAGAAUAUUAGACAGAGUCCUUAUAUUCUUUUUAGGUGUUUCAUAUAAUUUUUUCAUAAUUUUCAUACCUUCUGCACUGUAAAACUGUAUUCCUCAACUUCAGAAUUUCGUACUUUGAGGUGAUUAUAUAACACACCAUUAAUAUGACAAAUUAGAUAUUUUAUUAAGUAAAUUAUUUUCUCCAUGAGUGAAUGGUUAUGGUGCUGAGAGAGAGAGAGAGAGAGAGAGAGAGAGUGGAAUCCUAUAGCCAUUAAUAAUUCUUAUGUAACUUAAGAAGUGAGUAAUAAAAAAGACUAUUUCUAUGCCAAGUCAUGAGAUUUACCAGAAAUUCAGUGUAGACUGCAGUGUCAAGAAGCUAUAUAUAAGUAUUACUGACAAUACUGGAUACUCUUCUGCUUCUUAAGGUAAUAUAGUUAUAGGAUGAACAACUUGCUAUAGUAUGUGGGCUAUUACAAUAUAGCAUAAUAUUUAAUAAUGUAAAGUGGCUUUGAUAAAUCGUUUAUAUUUGC